AUGGCAACUACUGUUACUACUGUGACCCCAUCAGCAGCUCUGGUGUUGUUUCCGACAGACCCUGAAGACCUAGAGAGGGGGAACGACAACGGGACGCCCGUCCCCACCUCUGAUAAUGAUGACAAUUCGCUGGGCUACACAGGCUCCCGUCUUCGUCAGGAAGAUUUUCCACCUCGCAUUGUUGAACACCCUUCGGACCUAAUUGUGUCAAAAGGAGAACCUGCAACUUUGAACUGUAAAGCUGAAGGCCGCCCCACACCCACUAUCGAAUGGUACAAAGGGGGGGAGAGAGUGGAGACGGACAAAGAUGACCCUCGAUCACACCGAAUGUUGCUGCCAAGUGGAUCUUUAUUUUUCUUACGUAUAGUACAUGGACGAAAAAGCAGGCCUGAUGAAGGGGUCUACGUCUGUGUAGCAAGGAAUUACCUCGGAGAGGCCGUGAGCCAUAAUGCAUCGCUGGAGGUGGCUAUACUCCGGGAUGACUUCAGACAAAAUCCUUCCGAUGUCAUGGUGGCAGUGGGGGAGCCUGCAGUGAUGGAAUGCCAGCCUCCACGAGGACAUCCUGAACCCACCAUUUCAUGGAAGAAAGAUGGCUCUCCUCUGGAUGAUAAAGAUGAACGAAUAACUAUUCGAGGAGGAAAGCUCAUGAUCACUUACACCCGCAAAAGUGAUGCUGGCAAAUACGUUUGUGUUGGUACCAACAUGGUUGGGGAACGGGAGAGUGAAGUGGCUGAGCUAACGGUUUUGGAGAGACCAUCGUUUGUAAAGAGACCUAGUAACUUGGCGGUAACUGUGGACGACAGUGCGGAAUUUAAAUGUGAGGCCCGAGGUGACCCUGUGCCUACGGUACGAUGGAGGAAAGAUGAUGGAGAACUGCCCAAAUCCAGAUAUGAAAUCAGAGAUGAUCAUACCUUGAAAAUUCGGAAGGUGAUGGCUGGUGACAUGGGGUCAUAUACUUGUGUUGCAGAAAAUAUGGUUGGAAAAGCAGAAGCAUCAGCUACUCUGACUGUUCAAGUUGGGUCUGAACCUCCACAUUUUGUUGUGAAACCCCGUGACCAGGUUGUUGCUUUGGGGCGAACUGUAACUUUUCAGUGUGAAGCAACUGGAAAUCCUCAACCAGCUAUUUUUUGGAGACGAGAGGGGAGUCAGAAUCUGCUUUUCUCAUAUCAGCCACCACAGUCAACCAGCCGUUUUUCAGUCUCCCAGACUGGUGAUCUCACUAUCACUAACGUCCAGCGAUCUGAUGUUGGUUAUUAUAUCUGCCAGACUUUAAAUGUUGCUGGAAGUAUCAUCACAAAAGCAUAUUUGGAAGUAACUGAUGUGAUUGCAGACCGGCCUCCCCCGGUCAUUCGACAAGGUCCUGUGAAUCAGACUGUGGCCGUGGAUGGUACUUUAGUGCUCAGCUGUGUGGCCACAGGCAGUCCAGCACCCACGAUUCUUUGGAGAAAGGAUGGAGUGCUUGUUUCAACCCAAGAUUCUCGAAUCAAACAGCUGGAGACAGGAGUGCUGCAGAUCCGAUAUGCUAAGCUGGGUGACACAGGUCGGUACACCUGCAUUGCAUCAACCCCCAGUGGUGAGGCAACAUGGAGUGCUUACAUUGAAGUCCAAGAAUUUGGAGUUCCAGUUCAGCCUCCAAGACCCACUGACCCAAAUUUAAUCCCUAGUGCCCCCUCAAAACCUGAAGUUACAGAUGUCAGCAGAAAUACGGUAACCUUGUCAUGGCAACCAAAUUUGAAUUCAGGUGCAACUCCAACAUCUUACAUUAUAGAAGCCUUCAGCCACGCAUCUGGUAGCAGCUGGCAGACUGUAGCAGAGAAUGUGAAAGCGGAAACAUUCGCCAUUAAAGGACUAAAACCUAAUGCAAUUUACCUUUUCCUUGUGAGAGCAGCAAAUGCAUAUGGAAUUAGUGAUCCAAGCCAGAUAUCAGAUCCAGUGAAAACGCAAGUGGAGCAACGUAAGUGGGAUGAACCCCUGUCAGUGGGAAGACUGGAGGUGGACCAACAAUCUCAGUAUAUUCAAGGAUAUAAAAUUCUUUAUCGGCCAUCAGGAGCCAACCAUGGUGAAUCGGAGUGGUUAGUUUUUGAAGUGAGGACCCCAACCAAAAAUAGCGUGGUUAUCCCUGAUCUCAAAAAGGGAGUCAACUAUGAAAUUAAGGCUCGUCCUUUUUUUAAUGAAUUUCAAGGAGCAGAUAGUGAAAUUAAGUUCGCAAAGACCUUAGAAGAAGCACCCAGUGCCCCACCCCAAAGUGUAACUGUGUCAAAGAAUGAUGGAAAUGGAACUGCAAUUCUUGUUAGUUGGCAGGCGCCUCCAGAAGACACUCAAAACGGAAUGGUCCAAGAGUAUAAGGUUUGGUGUCUGGGCAAUGAAACUAGAUAUCAUAUAAACAAGACAGUAGAUGGUUCCACCUUUUCUGUGGUCAUCCCUUCUCUGGUUCCUGGGAUCCGGUACAGCAUAGAGGUGGCAGCCAGCACUGGGGCCGGGGCUGGGGUGAAGAGUGAGCCACAGUUCAUCCAGUUAGAUUCUCAUGGAAACCCUGUGUCGCCUGAAGACCAGGUCAGCCUUGCUCAGCAGAUCUCCGAUGUGGUGAAGCAGCCAGCGUUCAUUGCCGGAAUCGGGGCAGCCUGCUGGAUCAUCCUCAUGGUGUUUAGCAUCUGGCUCUAUCGACACCGCAAGAAGAGAAACGGGCUGACUAGUACUUACGCGGGUAUCAGAAAAGUCCCGUCUUUUACCUUCACACCAACAGUAACUUAUCAGAGAGGCGGUGAAGCUGUAAGCAGUGGAGGGAGGCCAGGACUUCUGAACAUCGGUGAACCUGCCACACAGCCAUGGCUGGCCGACACAUGGCCUAAUACUGGCAACAGUCACAAUGACUGCUCCAUCACUUGCUGCACUGCAGCCAAUGGUAACAGUGAUAGCAACCUGACCACCUACAGUCGCCCAGCUGAUUGUAUAGCAAAUUAUAACAACCAACUGGAUAACAAACAAACAAAUCUGAUGCUCCCUGAGUCAACUGUUUAUGGUGAUGUGGACCUUAGUAACAAAAUCAAUGAGAUGAAAACCUUCAAUAGCCCAAAUCUGAAGGACGGGCGUUUUGUCAAUCCAUCAGGGCAGCCCACUCCUUACGCCACCACCCAGCUCAUCCAGUCCAACCUCAGCAACAACAUGAACAAUGGCAGUGGGGACCCCAGCGAGAAGCACUGGAAGCCACCCGGACAGCAGAAACAGGAAGUGGCACCAAUCCAGUAUAACAUCAUGGAGCAAAACAAACUGAACAAAGAUUAUCGAGCAAAUGACACAAUUCCUCCAACUAUCCCAUACAACCAGUCAUACGACCAGAAUACAGGAGGAUCUUACAACAGUUCAGACCGGGGCAGUAGUACAUCUGGGAGUCAAGGGCACAAGAAAGGGGCACGGACACCCAAAGUUCCAAAACAGGGUGGCAUGAACUGGGCAGACCUGCUUCCUCCUCCCCCAGCACAUCCUCCACCUCACAGCAAUAGUGAAGAGUACAGCAUUUCUGUAGAUGAAAGUUAUGACCAAGAAAUGCCAUGUCCCGUGCCACCAGCCAGGAUGUAUUUGCAACAGGACGAACUGGAAGAGGAGGAAGAUGAACGAGGCCCCACCCCCCCUGUACGGGGAGCAGCUUCUUCUCCAGCUGCUGUGUCUUACAGCCAUCAGUCCACUGCGACACUGACCCCGUCUCCACAAGAAGAACUCCAGCCCAUGUUACAGGAUUGCCCGGAGGAGAUUGGCCACAUGCAGCACCAACCCGAUAGGAGACGGCAGCCUGUGAGUCCCCCUCCACCACCACGACCGAUUUCCCCACCACAUACCUAUGGCUACAUUUCAGGACCUCUUGUCUCAGAUAUGGAUACGGAUGCUCCAGAAGAGGAAGAAGAUGAAGCAGACAUGGAAGUGGCCAAGAUGCAGACCAGACGGCUUUUGUUACGUGGGCUUGAGCAGACCCCUGCCUCCAGUGUAGGGGACCUCGAGAGCUCUGUCACUGGGUCCAUGAUCAAUGGCUGGGGCUCAGCCUCAGAGGAGGACAACAUUUCCAGUGGACGCUCCAGUGUUAGUUCUUCCGACGGCUCCUUCUUCACCGAUGCUGAUUUUGCCCAGGCAGUGGCGGCAGCAGCAGAGUAUGCUGGCCUCAAAGUGGCACGUCGCCAAAUGCAGGAUGCCGCUGGCCGCCGACAUUUUCAUGCAUCCCAGUGCCCAAGACCCACAAGUCCUGUUUCUACAGACAGCAACAUGAGUGCUGCGGUAAUACAGAAGGCCAGACCAGCCAAGAAGCAAAAACACCAGCCAGGACAUCUGCGCAGAGAAGCCUACACAGAUGAUCUUCCACCUCCUCCGGUGCCACCACCUGCUAUAAAGUCACCCACUGUCCAAUCCAAGGCACAGCUGGAGGUACGACCUGUAAUGGCACCCAAACUACCUUCUAUAGAAGCAAGAACAGACAGAUCAUCAGAUAGAAAAGUAGGCAGCUACAAGGGGAGAGAAGUAUUGGAUGGAAGACAAGUUGCAGAUAUGAGAACAAAUCCAGGUGAUACCAGAGAAGCACAGGAGCAGCAAAAUGAUGGGAAAGGACGAGGAAACAAGGCAGCAAAACGCGACCUUCCACCAGCAAAGACUCAUCUCAUCCAAGAGGAUAUUCUACCUUACUGUAGACCUACUUUUCCGACAUCAAAUAAUCCCAGAGAUCCUAGUUCUUCAAGCUCAAUGUCAUCAAGAGGAUCAGGAAGCAGACAAAGAGAACAAGCAAAUGUAGGUCGAAGAAAUAUUGCAGAAAUGCAGGUUCUUGGAGGAUAUGAAAGAGGAGAAGAUAAUAAUGAAGAAUUAGAGAAAGUGCUGCCGAGGCUGCUCUUGCAGACUCCUAAAACUCUACAUGAUCAGAGGAGGGUCUCACCAAGCAGUGGCCUUCUGCCGGCUGCACCCAGGAACAUUCGCAGGGCUGUGCUGCUGCCUACACCCAGAGACUGCAGGCGGGAGCCAGCUGCCCCUGAAAAAGUUGGUGACUUCUAUUGCUCAGGUUUGCUGAAAUUCACAGUAGGAAAAUAUAAACAGAGUGUGAUUGCUAAUCCAGCUUCAAGUCUAGUGCUCUUUCCAGACAUUGAAAAUGCUCCUCAGAAUGAGAACACAGCUAAUCAAGUUUAG